AUGCUGGGCUCGCUCGCAGGCCCCAACAAGCCUCCACCCGGCCAGCAGCAGCAGCCCAAGGCCCCCAGCAGCAGCAGGGCCCCCAGCAGUCCGAAAUCCCCUCCCCCCGCAGAGCGGCCAAGACUACACACUCUCCUCCGUCCUCCACUUCUCCAGACCGAAUGGCGUCGCUACGAGCGCGACAGGAACGAAUGGGAGAUCGAGCGGGCGGAGAUGCGGGCUCGCAUUGCGCUCCUUGAGGGCGAGCGUCGCUCGUUCGACAACGUCAAGCUCGAUCUCAUGCGGCGAAUCAAGAUGCUGGAGUACGCCCUACGCGUUGAACGUUCCAAGCAGCUCGCCCAGCCGCCUGCCCAAUCCGUCCCGCCUUCCAAACUUGCGACACUGCAGUCUCAAAUAGCCCUCACCUCCCACAAAGACGACGGCAGCAGCGGCAGCUCGCCGCGCAGCGAAGACUCCCCUCUGCCGCCCGACCGCAUGUCCACGGGCUCGUUUCCCAACGGAGCUGCAUCAGGCGGGCCCCCGAGCCGCACACAAACAUGGAUGAGCGGCACGGGCACGAUGGGGAAGCCCCCUCCGGGACGCGACAUGAAGAGCCGGGCGAGGAGUAGAGAUUUCUUGAAGCAGUGUCUCCAAGAGGUCUCCUACCUCACCUCCCCCCAAGCAAUGAACCCCCUUCCAAACCGUGCGCUCUUGGCAAACUCCAACCUCCCCCUCCAGCUCCCGAACGUCCCCCAGUUCGAACAAAUGCCGUACAAUGGUCGUCCGCGAAAGUCCAUGCCUGAAGUCGGCAAAGACUUCAACAUGAACCUCAUGUCUGGUCCCUCAACUGCUCCCGCUGCACCACAGUCAAACACCCUUGACCGUACCGGUCUAGCAGGCCCCGGUGUCCUUAACCAGCAGCCGGGACAGGCGACAAACGGUAUUGGUCAGCAAAUGCAGCAGCCCACGCAGUCUCAAGGUUCCCAGCCUUUCUCAGGGGAGAUGAAGGACAGGGAAGAACCCGACCAACCAUUGUCUGACGACGGUGCAGACUGGAAGGAGAGGUUCCGGUUAUCACAGGAAGGCUCGGAGCAGGCACGGCACCAGCUGAACAACUCCAUCAGCGGUGCAGGUGCAUGGGAGCAGCGUGCACGAGAUGAGGACGAUGAUGGGAAGGAUGAGGCGGAUGACGACGAUGCCAGCGUCAUGAGCGAGGGAGAGAGUACGAAGGUGUGGAAAGCGAAAAGGACGCUCCGGAAUCAUCUGGAUGCCGUCCGCGCGCUCGCCUUCCACCCAACGGAGCUUUGUCUCGCAAGCGCAGGCGACGAUAGCACGGUCAAGAUCUGGCGUGUUGAUGUCGCGAGCCUCGCGUCCUCGGCCUCUCGCCCAACGACGGAAGUCGAGCCCCAGCUUACGCUUCGCGGACAUUCGGCUGCGAUUACCCGCCUGGUCCAUUCCCCCACAAAAGGCCUUUUGUAUUCGGCAUCCCUCGAUUCUUCGAUCCGCGUAUGGGCACUUCCCGCCCCCUCGCAUACGACCUACGCGCCGUAUGAUGCGACGCGCGCGCGGGGAGAGUUGAUCGGCCACACGGACGCGGUGUGGGAUCUGGCUCUGGCGCGCGACGAGAGCACGCUCAUCAGUUGCGGCGCCGAGGGGUCGGUCAAGGUCUGGGACGUUUCUGGGCCGUCGGGUGGCGGUUCACUCAAACUCUCGUGGUUGUACGACGGGCUUGAGACGCCAUCUGAUCUCAGUCCCGAAGGCGACCAACCUGGCGCGACAGCCGUUGAGGCGAUCAAGACCGACCUCAAGAAGGUUGCGGUCGGUUACCAGAACGCCGUUAUCAAAGUCUUCGACAUCGAGAGUGGGAAAGAGCUGUCCAAAUUCCAAGUGGACCCUGUUGAGGGUGACGAUUCCGUAUCGGCGCAAGUGAACAGCAUUGUGUCACAUCCCACGAUGCCUCUGCUCAUUACUGGCCACGAAGACAAGCACAUACGCAUAUUCGACAUCGUCACUGGCCAGUGCACGUACUCGAUGCUCGCACACCUCGAUGCCGUCACCUCGCUCUCGAUCGACGCGGCUGGGUUUGCACUCGUCUCGGGAUCGCACGACUGCUCCGUCCGCUUCUGGGACAUCCUCGGCUCGCGCGCCUGCAUCCAGGAGAACACGAGCCACCGUGAAAAGGCGCGCGAGGGCGUGCUGGACGUCGAGUUCCACGCCUCGCUACCCAUCAUGGCCAGCGCCGGCGCCGACGGCGUCGUCAAGCUGUACGCGUCCAGCGCCUCAUGA